AUGCAAGAUCAGUCACAAGCUUUUAUAUUAAAUUAAGAUAGAGAACAAUAAAAUUUAGAAUAAGAACUUUUAUCACAAGAUACCUAAAACAGUCAAGUAUUUAAAAUUAACUUCUAUAACAAUAUUAGAGAAAACAUUUGCUCAAGAAAUAAUUUAUUGAGAACUUUAGCAUUUAGUUUGGCUUUUAGUGAUCUAAAUUUUAUUAUAAAAUCAAAAAUGUAUCAAUUAAUAAUGACAAAUAUAAUGAGUUUCACUCCUAAUUAUAAAAAAAUAGUUCAUAUGACCAAGAUAAUCAAUCACCUAUAGAAAUUAAAUAAAAAGAAAUUAUUCCGAUAAACUUCAAAAAUAACAGGAAAGCUUAGAAUUAUUAAAAGAAGCACCUACUAAUCAAAAGGCUCUAUAUGGGUUAAGUAUAUAUAUUAUUUUUAAUUAGGUUUAAUUUUAAUUCAUAAGAGAUAAUUCAUUUAAACAGAGUAUAAUUACUAGAACUCUUAUAUUUAAAUGUAAAUAUAGCAAAGCAGAAAAAAACUAUUGAAUUUAAAAAUGGAUGA